AAGAAAAUGUAAAUGUGAUAUGUCAAUCUUUGUCCACAACUGAUCUGGAUAAAGACCAUCAGGAUCAAGGAAACUAAUCAGAUAAUCAUGAUUUUUCCAAUUUGGAGUCUUUGUUUUAUCUCGAUUGCUGGAGCUAAAAGUCUUUCUGCUGAAAAGAUCACUCCAUUUUGUGAUGUUGCUCAUUGCAAUUUUCAUAGGAAGAGUCUGCACACAAUUCCACUGGGUCUAUCAAAUGCUGUUUUGGGACUGGACCUGACCUUUAAUAGCAUUGUGCAUAUUGGAGAUGUUGACCUAAAGUUUGCAGUCAAUCUUAGAACACUUUUGCUUCAAUCUAAUUCAAUUCAUACAAUUGACGACCAUGCCUUUGACUUCCUUGGAAAGCUGGAGCAUUUGGAUUUAUCAUGGAAUAACCUGACCUACUUGUCACCGUCUUGGUUCAGAAAUCUUACUUCUUUACAGACUUUAAACAUAAAGGGGAAUUCCUACUUGAAACUCGGCAAAUUUCCAUUAUUUUCUGGCUUACAAAAGCUAAGAUAUCUAUACUUGGGAAACGAUAAAUUCUCUACUUUACAGACAAAAGAUUUUGAAGGAAUUUCAGUUCUUGAAGAACUGGAAAUUGAAGGACAGAGUCUUCAACAAUAUUCACCAGGAACUCUACAAUCUCUUGAGCGCAUAAAUCACAUUAUUUUGAAUGUAACUGUCAACUCCAGAUUGCGUCAGAUUUUAAAUGAUGUUAAAAACUCUGUGGUGUUUCUUGAACUGAGAAAUAUACACCGUAACCUCUCACCCCUUAUCCGUUAUUUCAGAGAGAUUCCAAUGAUUGCUCAAAAGCUUGGAUUUAGAGAUAGUGAAUUUUUAGAAAAUGAAGUUUUUCCCUUAAUGGAAGCAUUAUCUGAUAUGAGCCAGCUACAAGAGUUAGAAAUUAUAGAUAGCACUUUACAAGGCACUGGGCAUUUCUAUACUAGUCGGCGUGUUUCCAGUAAUGGACUUAUAAUAACAAUUCGGAAUUUAAAAAUAGAUUCAUUUUACUUAUUUUCAGAUCUUUCAUCCAUGUGGUAUCUUGUAGAGAAUAUUACCAAACUGUCCAUUGAAAAUACAAAAGUUUUUCUAGUGCCUUGCGAUUUUGCAAAAACAUUCCUUUCAUUACAGUAUCUUGAUUUCAAUACAAAUUUGUUACAGGAUAUGUCUUUGGAUCAUUCAUUGUGUCCAGGCAGUUGGCCUAAACUGCAGACUCUCAAUGUUAGUCAGAAUUCUUUGACCCAUAUUGAUAGAACAGCUAGAAGUGUGGCUCAUUUAGUCAGUCUUACUAACCUAGAUAUCAGUCAGAAUAACUUGGAACAAAUGCCAGAAUCGUGUCUUUGGCCAAGAAGCUUGAAAUAUUUAAACAUCUCUGGCUGUAAAGUAGAGAAACUGACAGGUUGCAUCCCUGACUCUUUAGAAAUUCUGGAUGCAAGCAACAAUUUCCUCUAUGAUUUUAAGGUGAGCCUGCCUCAUCUUCAGGAACUUUACCUUAAAAAUAAUAGAUUAAAAGUUCUGCCAGAUGCUGCCUUCAUCCCUCAUGUAAAUGUUUUGACUAUUAGGGAAAACAAUGUAUUCAUGUUCUCUGAGCAGGAACUGGAGACGUUUAGAGAACUGAAGAUGCUGGAUGCCCGUUAUAACAGCUUUCAGUGCAAGUGUGAAUUUGUUUCCUUUGUACAGUCUUAUCCAAGAAGAGAUAAUAUCUUUAUUGGUUGGCCUGAAAAUUACAUCUGUGAUUCUCCAGAUUAUGUAAAAGGGCAGCAAAUCGGAGUUGCCCAGCUACAACUGACUGACUGUCAUUUCACUUCUUUUGUGUCCAUCCUUUGUAUUCUGAUCAUCCUGAUCAUCUUGGUGGCAGCCUUUCUUUGCUACAAGUUUCAUGUCAUCUGGUAUAUCCGCAUGACCUUAGCCUGGCUUAAAGCAAAACGCAAGCCUCAAAGGACCCAUGACCAGGCAGUCUGCUAUGAUGCGUUCAUUUCCUACAGUGAACAAGACUCUGAAUGGGUGGAAAAUGUUAUGGUCCAGAUGUUGGAGCAAGCAAACCCUCCAUUUAAACUGUGUCUUCAUAAAAGAGAUUUUAUGCCUGGCAAAUGGAUUGUAGACAAUAUUAUUGACUCCAUUGAGAAGAGCUCUAAAACCCUUUUUGUGCUUUCGGAUAAUUUUGUACGGAGUGAGUGGUGCAAGUAUGAAUUGGAUUUUUCUCACUUCCGUUUCUUUGAUGAGAAUAAUGACACAGCCAUUUUGGUCCUCCUGGAACCUAUUCCAACAAAAACAAUUCCGGAAAGGUUUUGCAAACUCCGAAAAUUAAUGAAUACCAAAACUUAUCUUGAAUGGCCAAGUGAUAAAGAUCAACAGCAGUUAUUUUGGUUUAAUUUGAAAAUGGCAAUAAAAGCUUAGCUGAGAAGUUGGUAUAAUAGGCCAUUUCCAUUAAUUUUAGCAGCACCUCUGGUGUGAAUAAUUUGUUAUGGUUCAGGAUAUUCAGUCAGGCCAGUCCAUUACCAGGAAGCAAGUAGGCUUCAGAAGUUUGAUUCCUUGAACCCCAGACAUUCAUCAUGUAGUUUGACUGCUUUUCUCUCAGCAGAAAUAUCGGGAACAUGCAACACUAGCUCUGUCCAAAUUUUGCACAUGUAUCUCAACUCUUCAGAUAUUUAUGAGAAAGAAGAAAUCAGCAGGGGAGUGUGGAGCAGCUAAUGUGCUGGAAGAUACAGUUCUAGCAGAGUCUUGAGAACCAAUUGAGAAAGAUUGAAAGAAUUGAUAGAUAACAUUUAUGGAUUGCAUUAAGCCACUUUUUGCUUAACUACGCCAUAUUUAACAAGAUUUUAUCUGAAUUCAUGCAUCAUGCUAAGCUGUAAAUCUUGAUUUACAAAUAA